AUGACACAAGUCAAAAUAGGGCCGAAUUUUGGAGGUUCUGUAUGCGAAAAAGCGCAAGAGGGUUACGUUUACGAAAAACCAAAAACACCUUUUGAAAUUCCUACGACAUCAAGACCUGGUCAACGACCGGGAUUUCCAGGCGGUCAACCCGGAUAUCCUGGUAGCCCCGGAGGGCCCACCGGACCUUUUGGUCCCCAAGGACCUGCUGGACCACAAGGCCCAAGCGGUCCUCAAGGGCCAGGCGGUCCUCAAGGUCCAGGUGGUCCACAAGGGCCAAGUGCACCAGGUAGACCUGGAGGACCAAGUGGCGGUGACUUUCCUAGUUCGAGACCGGGAGGAUACCCAAGUGGAAGACCAGGCGGACCGGCAGGCCCAGGUGGUCCUGGAGGACCACAGGGGCCAUUUGGCCCUGUUGGGCCACAAGGCCCAGGCGGACCACAAGGACCAAGUGGACCUCAAGGUCCGAGUGGUGGCUAUCCAACUAGCAGACCAGGUCCACAAAGCCCCAGUGGAUUUGUUCCAGGAAGUGGAACAAAUUAUCCAGGUGGUGGCUAUGCCCCUGCAGGCAGACCACAGGGCCCAGCUUUUCCAACUCCUGGAAGCCCUGGAAGUAGACCAACAAGCCCUAGUUUUCCAAGUGCACCAGGUGGUCCUGGCGGUGCAGGAUUUCCUAGCAGACCUAGUACGCCUGCCCAAAGACCUUCAGGUGGAUACCCAUCUCCAGGUUUUCCCGGAAAGCCAAGCAGUCCUGCUGGACCAGCAGGAACAGGAGGUCCAGGAGCUGGAGGUCCCGGAGGACCUGCAGGAUAUCCAGGUGGCGGCUACGCACCGGCUGGUAGGCCAACUGGUCCCACUUUUGGUCCAGGUUCACCAACUCCAUCAAGACCUAGCGGUGGAUAUCCAAGCGGUCCCAGCGGAGGUUCAACAACUCCAUCCAGACCUAGCGGUGGUUAUCCAAGCGGACCUGCCGGUCCAGGUGGACCUGCUGGUCCUGGUGGUUAUCCUGGUCGUCCUGGAAGCCCCGCACCAGGAACCCCGGGUGGUGUUGGGCCGGUAAGUCCUGGUGGAGGAUAUCCAAGCGGUAGACCAGGACCUCAAGGUCCUCAAGGUCCACAGGGUCCACAGGGUCCACAAGGUCCUCAAGGUCCUCAAGGUCCUUCAGCAUUUCCAGGUGGACGACCAAGUACUCCUGGAACAGGUACAGGUUAUCCGGGAGGCGGUUAUGCUCCAGCAGGAAGACCUACAGGUCCAACAUUCGGCCCAGGAGCAUCACCUUCCAGACCGGCCGCACCAAGUAGUGGAUAUCCAGGCGCUCCAGGAAGUCCAGGUGGUCCAGGUGGUCCAGGAGGACCGAGUGGGCCAGCCGGUACAGGCGGCUCUGGCGGACCAGGAGGAUAUCCAGGAAGACCUGGCAGUUCAGGACCUGCUGGUCCUGGCACACCCGGAGGAUAUCCAGGAUUUCCGGGAAGCCCUGGUAGUCCAGGACCUGCCGGGCCCGGAGGUCCUGGAGGAUUUCCAGGAUUUCCAGCAAGACCAACUACACCCGGACCAGCUGGUCCAAGUGGCGGAUUUCCAAGCAGCCGGCCUGGACCAACCGGACCCCAAGUACCUCAAGGCCCUUCUGGCUUUCCCAGCGGACGUCCAUCAGUUCCUGGCACAGGAACAAGCUAUCCCGGAGGCGGCUAUGCUCCGGCAGGACGACCGACGGGUCCAACAUUUGGUCCGGGAACACCAUCCAGUCCUGGUGGAGGAGGAGCAGGAGGCCCAGGUGGCCCAGGAGGAUUUCCAGGAAGACCAGGAGCUCCAGGCGCUCCAGGUGGACCAUCAGGUCCCAGUGGAUUUCCAAGUAGGCCUAGCACUCCAGGACCAAGUGGAGGAUACCCAAGCGGACCUGCAGUAAAUCUAAUAAUAAUCCAAUAUAACGAGCCAAUUCUUAUAGGACCUGGUGGAUAUUCAGGAAGACCUGGUACACCUGGACCAAGUGGCGGUUAUCCAAGCGGACCAGCAGGUCCCGGUGGAUUUCCAGGAAGACCCGGUACCCCUGGACCAAGUGGAGGUUACCCUAGUGGACCAGCAGGCAGACCAGGAAGCCCUGGACCGGCUGGCCCUGUAGGCCCGCAAGGACCACAAGGCCCUCAGGGAACAGGUUAUACCCCAGGACGACCAAGUACCCCUGGUACAGGAACAGGCUAUCCCGGAGGCGGCUAUGCACCAGCAGGACGUCCAACAGGACCUACUUUCGGCCCUGGGGCAUCAGGACCAUCUCGGCCAGUAACUCCUACUGGAGGAUAUCCGGGAGCUCCUGGUGGACCCGCGGGUCCAGGUGGACCAAGUCCUGGCGGAUUUCCUAGUGGACCAGGACCAAGCGCAGGACCAGGAGGACUUCCAAGUCGUCCAAGCAGCCCAGCACCAGGUGGAUAUCCCAGCGGGAGACCUAGCGGACCCGGUUUUCCUGGAGCGCCAGGAUUCCCAGGAGCACCAGGGCGUCCCGGUUUUCCAGGAGUUCCAGGUGUACCAAGUGGACCAGGAGGACCUGGAGGACCUGGAGGACCUGGAGGACCUGGAGGACCUGGAGGACCAAGCGGUACAGGCACACCAUCAGCUCCAGGUGGAUACCCAGGCGGUGGAUAUGCUCCAGCCGGAAAGCCAUCUGGCCCAACAUUCGGUCCCGGAUUCCCAUCUCGACCAUCCACUCCCGGCACCGGAUAUCCAAGUGUGCCCGGUACUCCAGGAACUCCGAGUGCACCUGGAGGUGGAUUUCCUAGUAGACCGGGAAGUCCAGGGCCAAGCGGCGGUUAUCCAAGUGGACCAGCAGGUCCAUCACGACCCGGAACUCCAGGAACAAGUGGUGGAUAUCCAAGUGGACCAACAGGAUCAGGUGGAUUCCCAGGAAGACCUGGUAGCCCGGGACCUGCAGGCCCGAGUACAGGUUAUCCAGGUAGUAGACCUGGCGGACCUCAAGGGCCACAAGGACCACAAGGCCCAUCAGGAUAUCCGGGCGGGCGACCGAGCACACCUGGAUCUGGAACAGGAUACCCAGGAGGAGGCUAUGCACCAGCAGGAAAACCUGCCGGUCCAACAUUUGGCCCUGGUGGACCCAGUGGUCCUGGAUAUCCUGGUUCUCCAGGUACUGGAGGAGCCCCCGGAAGACCAGGAACUCCAGGAGCCGGCGGUCCCGGAUUUUCUGGUAGACCAGGAAGCCCAAGCCCAAGUGGAGGUUACCCCGGUAGCCCGGCAGGACCUGCAGGGCCUGGUGUGAGACCAGGAGGAUAUCCCAGUGGCCCAGCGGGUACCAGUAGACCAGGUGGAAUAGGCGGGCCAUCAGGUUUUCCAAGUAGACCAAGUAGCCCAGCCCCAGGAGGAUAUCCUGCAGGACCUGGAGGAUUCCCAAGUAAACCAGGAAGCGCAGGUCCAAGCGGCGGAUAUCCAGGAGGACCCGCGGGUCCAGGGGGACCUGGUGGACCUGCUGGUGGUUAUCCAGGAACAAGUGGCAGACCAAGUCCUACUUACGGACAACCAGGAGGUGUAGGACCAGGAGGUCCCGGUGGUCCAGGAGGACCUGGAGGGCCAAGCGGAAGACCUGGUGGUGUAGGAACAAUUGGCGGAAUUGGACCUGGUGGUCCAAGUGGUCCCAGUGGCGGAUAUCCUAGCGGUCCAAGUGGGCCCAGUGGAGGAUUUCCUUCAGGACCAAGUGGAGGCUUUCCCUCGGGGAGGCCUGGCUCGCCAGGACCUAGUGGCGGGUACCCGGGUGCGGGAUACCCGGGCAGACCUGGAAGUCCUGGCCCUAGUGGGCCAUAUUCUGGGGGUCCAAGUGGCCCAACUGGAGGAGUUGGAGGCGUGGGCGGUGUAGGAGGUGUAGGUGUAAUAGGUCCACAAGGACCUUCAGGAGGUUUUCCGCAAGGACCAUCUGGUGGUUUUCCGCAAGGUCCAUCAGGAGGAUUUCCUCAAGGACCCUCCGGUGGAUUCCCACAAGGUCCACCCGAUGACGGACAAUAUGAAGGAGGAGACUAUAGCGCAAUACCCGGAGAACCUGGAACGGAUUAUCCGGUAUUCACAGAAAUUUUCCAAACAUCUUUUACAUGUGAUAGCCAACAAUAUCCUGGCUAUUACGCAGACGUCGAAGCAAAUUGUCAAAUUUUCCAUAUUUGCGCAAAUAACAAAACUUAUGACUUCAUAUGUCCAAAUGGCACUAUCUUCAGCCAGGAACAUCUUGUGUGUGUUUGGUGGUAUCAAUUCGAUUGCUCCUCAGCACCAGGGUUAUAUGGAAAUAAUGCAAAUAUCUAUGACUAUUCCCAAAUGGGAGGAGGAGUUGGUCCUCAAGGACCAUCAGGCGGAUUUCCACAAGGUCCAUCCGGGGGCUUUCCGUCAGGCUCGAAGGGUCCACAAGGUCCGUACCCAAGUGGACCGCAAGGACCAUCUGGUGGAUUCCCUAGUGGUCCCCAAGGACCUUCAGGUGGAUUUCCCAGCGGUUCCCAAGGUCCUUCAGGGGGAUAUCCAAGCGGAGCACCAGGUCCUUCAGGUCCAGGUGGAUACCCAAGCGGAGGUAGUAGACCUGGCGGACCUCAAGGGCCACAAGGACCACAAGGCCCAUCAGGAUAUCCGGGUGGUCCAAGUGGUCCCAGUGGCGGAUAUCCUAGCGGUCCAAGUCCGUACCCAAGUGGACCGCAAGGACCAUCUGGUGGAUUCCCUAGUGGUCCCCAAGGACCUUCAGGUGGAUUUCCCAGCGGUUCCCAAGGUCCUUCAGGGGGAUAUCCAAGCGGAGCACCAGGUCCUUCAGGUGGAUAUCCAAGCGGAGCAACAGGUCCUGCCGGUCGUCCAGGCGGCCCAGGAAUACCUGGAGGAGCGGGUGGUCAAGGAUACCCAGGUGCCCCAGGAUAUCCAAGCGGCGGUAGACCAAGCUCUACUUACGGACAGCCAGGCGGCGUAGGAGGACCAGGAGGAGUUGGUGGUAAACCUGGAUCACCAGGUGGACCAGGAGGAUUCCUAGCGGCGACGUCCCAGCAUGACUACGGAGCACCAGGAGGUCCUGGCGGCCCGAGUGGUCCUGGAGGAUUUGGGGGUCCAGGAGGUCCUGGAGGAUUUGGCGGCCCAGGAGGUCCUGGAGGUCCAGCAAGUGCAGGAAGACCAAGCCCAAGUUAUGGCACACCAGGAGGCCAAGGAGCUCCAGGUGGUCCAGGAACUUAUCCAACUGGAGGUUCUCCUGGUAGUCCAGGUGCCCCUGGAGGCCCGAGCGGUUAUCCAAGCGGUCGACCAGGCGGGCCAGGUGGUUCAGGUGGUCCAGGUACACCAGGUACGCGACCGUCAACAAGUUAUGGUGCACCAGGUGGUCAAGGCGGUCCAGGAGCGCCAAGUAGCGGUAGACCAUCAACUGGUUACGGAACUCCAGGAGGUAGUGGUGGGCCAGGUGGCCCGGGAGGUCCAGGUGGAUACCCAAGCGGAGGUCGACCAGGUGGACCAGGUGCAGGUGGACCAGGAUUCCCUGGAGGACAAGGAGGACCAGGGGGUGUAGGCGGAUUCCCAACCAGACCUUCAACGGGGUAUGGUGUACCAGGUGGACCUGGUGGUCCAGGAAUUGCAGGAGGUACAGGAGGUCCGGGCGUUCCAGGUGGUUUUCCAAGCGGCGGUCGACCGGGAGGACAAGGAGGUCCGGGUGGACCAGGUACACCAGGAAGUCCAGGAGCUCCAGGCGGUUCUGGAUACCCAGGUACAAGUCGGCCAUCAACAAGUUACGGAGCACCGGGAAGUCCCGGCACACCAGGCACACCAUCGCUCCCAUCCAGACCUUCAAGUCCUGGAGGUUUCCCCGGAGCACAACCCCCACGACCUGGAGGUUUUCCACCAGCACCAGCCGGUCCAACGCCCAGCUCUCAACGUCCAGGCUUUCCACCAAAACCAGACGGCCCAGACAGGCAGUAUCUUCCUCCAAGUUCGGGUUAG